AAGAUGGACCUUCUUCUCGUGAGUCUGAGUUUUAUAAAUGUGGGUUGUUUUUUGGUGACGUUGUUGUACAUAAUGAGAAGAUACAUACCUUUCUGGUUGUCUGAUCUGUUUGAAUGGGGAAAGACGAAGUCAAAUUGGGAUCAGAGUCGCUGGAACAGAUUUCUUCACGUCCCAAACAGCUGGUUCACUCAUUUUUACAUUGUUGGAAGUUCUCUAUCAUGCGCACUUUUAUGGAUGUUGAUUAUUCAUUGUUUCCACAUCAAGAGUCCAAUCACAGAGUAUUUUCCUCAAAUACUGGACUUACAUUACACUCCAUGUGUUAAUUACUUUACUGUUUUGGUAUCCCUUCUUCUUCUUUUGGUGCAGUGUUGUCGCAGACUGUUUGAAUGUUUAUUUAUCAGUGUAUUUACAGGCAAGAUUCACUUCUCACACUAUUUGGUGGGAUUAUUUUAUUAUGUUUUGGAUGCAAUUGCACUUGCUUCACCACUUCUUGGGAAAAAGAAAAUGGACAAAGAUUGGUGUAGCUUGUGCAGAGAAAUGCUGUCAGGUUUGCAAAAUUUCAGUGGUAUCCAGUGGCUGGGAAUAGUUGUAUUUCUUUGGGCAAGCUGGCAUCAGUGGAACUGUCAUGUCAUACUGGCAAAGUUACGACACUCUGCAUAUGGGAAAACGGUCAAAGUGUACAAAAUUCCUUAUGGUGACUGGUUUGAUCAUGUCUCCAGUCCUCACUACCUGGCAGAAAUUGUAAUCUACUUUGCUUUCUUCCUGAUACAAAAAGGUCACAAUGUUUAUGUUGGAAUGAUUUUGCUAUUUACUGUGCAGAACCUUUCACUUGGAGCUACAGUGACUCAUAGUUGGUAUAAAAACAAAUUCAAGGAGUAUCCCCAAAAUCGUUACAAGAUAUUUCCAUUUCUCUACUAGGGAACUAGAGGCAGAGUGGUCAAUCUUUGUGUGACUGAGUUCUGUAUCACACAAUUGGAUAAUAUUCAACAUCUCUAUUGGAUUUAUAAUGGUAAUAGGACCAAGUGGAGUCAAUUAACAAAAUCGAACGAGCGUGAAGCAGAAGUCUGAUUUGUUAAUCACAAAUAUGAUUACAGACAGAAUUGGACAAGAAGAAGUUCUGUUAUCAAUUAGUCAUAACCAUUUCAAUUUCAGAAAAAACAAAUGCACCUAGAACAAAUAUCUCCAGUGGAGACAAUGUCUUUUGUUUAAAAUUCCUCCAUUUUGGAAAUUCCUCAGGUUUUCUUCGGAUAAGUGGUUGUUACUAUGGUUAUUAUGAUCAUUUCUGUGAUUGGUGGAUUAGCUGAGUGGACUUAGUAUGAUUUGCUGCUUCAAAUGUCUGAUUACACAUGUCAGAUUUCAGCCAACUGUCCGAUUACACUUUCCUUUACAACAGUACAGAAUGAUUGGUGAAAAAUGAAGCUAUGGAUGCACCAAUAAUGUUUAAGGAAUUUGUAAUGGUUAUGAUUAGCUCUGAAAUCACUGGUGAUCCUUGGUAUCUGAUUAAUUCUCAAUGUGAUUUAUGAAUAACUUAGUCAUAUAUUUUUUGCUCCAAAUCACAUCUUUUUCCCAGCAAGUGAGAAUGUUAGUUUCUGGUUAGGACCAAAUCCUGUAUUUAUACAAGGAAAUUGAGCUAUUUCAAAAUAGAUGUAAUAAAAUGGCCACUGUUGUUUGAUUUUUGAA